AUGAGGCUGUGGGCCGCCCUGCUGCUCGCUCUGAUCGCUGAGACUUUGGCUGCAGAUGAGUCCUGUAUGGGUCGCUGUGAGAAUGGCUUUGACUCCAAGAAGACGUGCCAGUGUGACUCAAUGUGCAAGUAUUACAAGAGCUGCUGCUCCGACUUUGACGUCACCUGUGGCAUGAUGACUCGCGGAGAUACAUUUGUGUUUGCAGAGGAUGACGAUGACAGUAAGCAGUUGGACAGUAUCACUGCAACCCCUGGACAUUCGGCACAUGACCAGUCUUUUCCUGUUACCAGUCGUCAGGUCAAGCCCUCUGUUCUGAGUCGUCUGGUCAAGCCCACACCGCCACCCAUCUCAGUCUUUGCUCACAGAGCAACACAACAUCCAGAGAGCACACUAGAAAUGACCAAACCUCCGCAACUGUUAGAUACAACAAUUCAAAGAGUCCCCCACACAGUCCCACCCACACCGCAGGUGGUCCCCAUCACAACCAAAGCCCCUGAGAUUGACACGGCAGCUGAGACGACCACUGCUUCGCUCACAGAGGCCACCACUGAAGCCCCUGACCCGGACGCUGAGACUUGCAGUAACAGGCCUUUUGACUCCUUCAUGCAGCUAAAAAAUGGCUCCAUCUAUGCCUUUAGAGGGGACUACUUUUUUGAACUGGACCAGAAGACAGUGCUCCCUGGUUAUCCGAAGCUCAUAAAAGAUGUGUGGGGCAUCAGAGGGCCUAUUGAUGCCGCCUUCACACGUGUCAACUGCCAGGGGAAGACCUAUAUCUUCAAGGGAAACAAGUACUGGAGGUUUGACAACGGCGUGCUGGAUGAUGACUAUCCUCGAGAUAUCAGUGUGGGUUUUGACAAGAUUCCUGAUCAUGUGGAUGCAGCGUUUGCCCUCCCUGCUUCCAAUCACCAUGGAAAAGAGAAGGUGUAUUUUUUCAAAGGUGAUCAGUAUUAUCUGUAUGAGUUUUUGCACCAGCCAUCCCAUGAGGAGUGUAUCAGACUGUCCGAGAGUUCUCCAUCCAUACUGUUCAGACGCUACACUGACCUAUACUACAACAACUAUGAGCGUUUUUUCAGUGAGCUCUUCUCUGACUUGCCUCAGCAUCACGACAAACACCACUUCAUUAACAAGGACUGGAAGGGCCUCAAAUCUCCAGUAGACGCUGCCAUGGCCGGCAGAAUCUACGUCUCACCCUGGAGCUCAGUGCCAGACCGCAACGACCAGCCUGACCAGCAGUGGGGUCAACAACAAGGCCAACAGUGGAACCAGCGGUACGGACAGCAGUGGAACCAGCAGUACGGACAACAGUGGAACCAGCAGUGGGGUCGCAGGAGACAAAGCCGUUCACCCUUCUGGGGCUCCAUGGCUGGGCAGGGGAUGAACAUGGGCCGGGACUUUGCUGAAAGGGGGAUGGAAAUGGGUCUGAGAAUGGCAGAGAGGAGGAUGGAAUUGGAGGAGAGGCUUGGACGAGACUGGAGCAGACGGUGGGAUCAAGACUGGGAUCAGGACAGACGGAGAGACGGUUACCGCCAGAACAACAGAGGCAACUAUGACUCCAGAGACAACCGCAGAGAUGACAGGUCAUUCUUCGAUCUGACCCCAAGGAAUCUGCCCAUGCAGAGUGUCUACUUCUUUAAAGGAGCUAAGUACUACAGAGUGGACCUCAGCACCAAGAGAGUUGACCACGCCGUGCCACCAUAUCCCAGAUCCAUCGCCCAGUACUGGCUCGGCUGCUCCGACACCACUGGAGCAGAGAAGAAGUAGUUUCAAAUAUUUUAGGUAUUUAAAUAUAAUCAUUUGGACAAAAUUUGUACAUAACAGAUCAUUCUUUUUGGCUCAAACAGGCUGCUGUUGGCUGUUUAAAGUGUGUCUCACUGGCUCAGUGUAAGACAUAACCAGCUACUGGUCAACAUUAGCAAAUAUUGAAGAUCAAUAAAAGUCCGCACACUGCUGCUCAGCAAUGUGGUCGGCCUUAUCGUGGCCAAAGUUCA